UUUAAUUUAAUGCAAGACCCAGAGCUAUAUGUUAGAAACUUCUAAGAAGAAAUUAGCUAAAGAAAUAAACGUAAACAACCUUUGCUCUAUCCUGAUGAUUAAAGAUUACAUGAACGUCCUAGAGUCAGAAAGAUUGAACCUCCUUCUUAGAUCAUCAGUCAGUCAUUACUUAAGAAUCAUAGUUAUGCGUAUUACUAUCUACAUUAUCUAGACCUGAUCCUCUUUAAAAUUUUACGAAACCGCUUAUUAAUUAUUCAAUCAAUAGUCCAUCUGGAAAAGAUCCUUAACGUUACAAUCAUAAUUUUUUAUAUCUAGCAUAAGAUAAUAUCUUUCGUAAAGAACCCUUUAAUUAAAAUCAAAAAGACUAUGCUCCUCAAAGACAUUCUCAAUAAUCCAAUGAAUAAAGAAUUAAUUAUUAAAAUGUUGGUAAUAUGCUUAUUGGUGGUGAUACUUAACCAUAGUAACAAUCUCAACCACAAAUACAAAAUUCAUAAAUGACUCAAUCAUAAUAUACAUAUCCACAAUAAUAAUAACAAUAACUUUAUUAAUACUAAUAAGAAUCGUAAUUGUACUAACCAUAAUAAUUACAAUCGUAAUAGUAGCAACUAUCAUAAUCACAAAUACCAAAAUAAUAAUAAUAUUAAUAAUCAUAACAUUACUAAUAGUAUUAAGUACCAUUAUAAAAUAAUUAAUAAAAACAGCAAUUCUCUUAAUAAUAUCAACUUUAUUAAGCAGGUACACCUAAUACAUUUAAAUUAAAAAGUGAUGGAAAUUCUUAACCUUUCAAUUAUUAUGGGUAUUUAUCUCUCUCCAUUUAUUUAGUUCAAGAGCUUUAAAAAACUUAGAUAGCACAUAAAUAUAUUGA